GAAGGGAGUCAGGAAACGAGGAUGCAGUGAGCAGUGGCAACAAGGAGAAAAAAGGUGCGCAAGACCAAAGCCUUAUCGCUCGACAUGGAGAUGCCCUCGAAACUCGCUUUCCUCAUCGUAGUGAUCUCCGUGCUGGUCGCUUGCAGUCCGACGGACGCAUGGUACAAGCAGAUGGCCGGUCCAAGCUACUAUUCGGUGGGCAGAGCGUCCGGUUUGCUGUCCGGGAUCCGGAGGUCACCGUACGUGAGGAGAGAGGAGUCUCAGCCGUCAGACAGCGGAGAGACAGCCAGCAACAGCGUGUUUUCUGACUUCACUUCGCACAAUUCCAUCUUGAAAACGGUGCCCAUUUGCAUCAAAGAUAUUACACCAGACCUGCAGAGCUGUGAACUCCUCCAGGAAAUCAAGGGUUCAUUUAAGUGCAAAGCCGACGUCUUCCUUUUCUUGGACUCCUCAGACUGUGCAGGAGACUGAGCUGUGAAGCCAAAAGCUGGGCUGGAUGUUGAAGUCCACUUCUUUAAGUGACUAUUUGAAAAAGUGUACAUGUAACUUAACACAAGCGUUGCACUAGAUGGCAGAUGCUACUUUUUCCAUGUACCAUUUCAUCUGGCUUAUUGAUCUUAUGAUAGACCUGUCAUCAAACUUGAAGCUAUAGUAGUCAUGUAUGAAUGUACAUAUGAUCUGAGUUUUCAUUAAAGUAAUCAUGUUGCAGCCCUUGUUGAAACUAAAUAAUGAAAAACA